AUUAAUAGCACUGUGGCCCCAUUCUUUGAUCUUCCUUCACAAUACAGUUUGCAACUCAAAUAUACAAUACAAUACCAUAUGUUCAAUACAAUCAUAUAUAAUAUUAUAUUCAGCCUUCUCCCUCUCUCUCUCUCUCUCUCUCUCUCUCUCUCUGAAAAUAAUAUUACAACACAAACACAUUGCUAGUCCAGCUUUUUUCUUGCCUCCUUCUUUCACAGCCUGUCAAGCUUGAAUUAUUAGCACCAUGAUUAUAUUAUUUUAGUAAGACCGCUCCUAGUUGUUUCUUUAAGGAAAGUGAACACCUGGUCCAUGGCAUAACAAGAGAUAAUUUUGCUGGUGCCUGCUCAGUUGUUUUCCGAUUUCGCCACAGUUAUAGUGCUUAGAUAGCUCCGUCCAUUUUCACCAAAAAAAUUAGUCAUGGUUGCUGCCCUUUGAGGUGAAUAGUUCCUUUUCUUCGGCAUUCCUGACUUUUGCUUAUCGACAAGAUUGACUUAUGGACGAAAAGAGAUGCUUGAGUGAGGCAUAUAUUCAAUGAGCCUCUUUGUAGAGAACCACAAUCCGGCAACUUUUUCUUGCAGUUUUCGAGUGUUGUAUAAAAAUUUUUCUAUGCAUAUGCGUAGCGGUUCUCUCAUAUGCUUGAAAGUGAAAGAGAAGGUCUUUUUCUUUAUAAUAAUUUGCAGUUGAAACACUACAGAAGCUUGUAUCCUCAUUGUUCUUCAACUGCAAAUUACUGUAUAAACUGAAUCUCUCUUUCAUACCAUGUUUACUGUUGAAUUAUGCAAUAAUUGUUAUUGCUUUUAGGUCUUUGUGCUAAGUUUGAUCACAUAUUAGCCUCAUCUCUAGUGAGAUUUCAUCAUGUACGCAAAUCAAACCAAAAAUAAGAAAGAAAAAGCAGUGGACACUUUUGAGAACAACUUCUUGAAGAUGAAGACCACUGUUAAGGUUAGUGAUGGAAGCACCAGAGAGAGAGACCCACAAUCCAUCUUUGGUCGCUUUAUUGCCCACAUCCCAUUUCCUUUUUCUUCCUUCUUCAUUGUCUGAGUACUGUUCAGGAACACUUUAAGAGCUCCCCAAUGCAGGUCUGAACAAUUUCCAGCGUACCCCGUUCUCUCAUUGCUGGCAAAAAGAAAAAAAAAAACUUAAAGCAGCUUUUUUCAUGUGCGGGAGCCAGGCUUCCUACAUAUGGCCUGCAUUUGGUACCCCAAAAAGGGAACCACAAAAGUUUCGUUCCAUACAUACUUAGGAUAUGGUAUAUGCAGGGCCAACUGUAGUGAAUUUUGAAGAACGAGUUCCCCGUCCCCCACCCCCCGUUUCUAGAUGCAAGGAUUUGUUUGUUGCAACUGACAAGGUUGGAGAUGACUCAAGAUUUAUCAGAUCUUUCCACUAUUUAGUCUUUGGUGCUCAGAUGUCACUUUGGACUCGUAGACUUGGGGUCAACUAGACUCUGUCUCCACCUCCAUGUAGUGGCUUUUCAUGAAUCACACACCCACCCCAUUCAAAGGAGGAUAUAAAGAACAGACAAGGAAAAAAGUCGUAAGAAAAAGGAAAAAAACAAAGUUUCUAGGAAAAUUGUUGUCUCGCAUGAUUUUUUGCUACUCCUGGUGGCAGCUUUGUGCACUGUAUUUCCAAAGGGGUUAUUUCUGUGUGAUUUCUCGUAAUUGGAUAAUAGGCUUGUAUUUACUGCCUAAAAUAAGUUUAAUGGUUAAGCCAACUUUCAGGCAUGGGAACCAAACUUGAGCGUGCGGUAAAUCCGUUAGCAACUUCACAAAACAGCAACAGCUGCAGCUUUACUGUGCAUUUCGUGGAUGACUAUUUCAGAACAAGAACGCUGAAGGAGAAUAGUCAAAAGAUUGGAUUGGAAAGGUCUGGCAGCUGCAUGGACAGGAUGCUGGAAAGGCACAACAUGGAGUCAAUCAGAAAGACAAUGGAGAUGCAUGAAGAUACCUUCAAACACCAGGUACGAGAACUUCACCGGCUGUAUAGUGUUCAAAAGAUGCUGAUGGAUGAGGUGAAGAAAGAAAUCAAGCAAAACAGAUUUUGGACUACUCCUAUGACUAGCUUUGAUGUUAACCAAUCUCACUUCAUUAACCAGCAGCAGCUAACAGCGCAAACGACUUGUGGGUACACUUUCCAUGCUCAAGGUGAUCCAAGCUCAAGGGAGAGGAGUGGCAGUUGCUCUGGUGACACCAUGAAAGUUGCAAGAGGCUUUGAUCUCGAGAGGCCAGCUGAGGAAGACAUCUCGGCUGAAGUCAGCGCUGUCGAUCAUGAAGACCAAGCAGGGCGUGGCUCCCUCAUGCACUCCAGAAUUAACCAGAUGAGCAUCGAAGGCUCUGAUGAAGAUAGUGAAGUUAAACUGACACUAAGCAUUGGAGGCAGCUCAAGCAAGAAGACGCCAACGAACUCCAAGCCUCAUAGUCAAGAAUUAGGAUGUACUAAUUCUCAGCCAAUUCAUAAGGAAAUUAGGGAGCUUCAUUCUUCGGCUUCGUUUAAAUCACAGAGCGGAGAGGAUUGCAGUGGCCCCAACACUCCAAUGAGCAGUUCUAGCGCAACAUUCGAUCAGGACAGGAAACGACCACAUUGGCUUUUCCAAGGUUUAAGCAUAAACAGGACUUGAAACCGUUGAACAGACAAAUUUUUUUUAACUUAAUUUGUAUGUGUGUAUCCUUUCCAACUCCACAUGGACCCUUGAUCAAAUUUACGUGUUCAUGACUUGAGACCAUUCCUAAUUUUUAGUUUUUCCGACUUUAACCUAAUAAUGGAUAUAAUUCGAGGCACCCAUGUUUGGGGUGUAAAUUGCUAGCUGUAAA